AUGCCUGCUCCUGUAACAUCACAACCCUCCGCGCGCAUCGUCCCAAAUGCAGCUCCUCAGAAACUGCGCGGCACUGCACCUCCGAAGAAGAGACGGGCCAUUCGACGGAGAGGGAGGGGACGCGGGGACCCCGACAGUGAUGACGAGAUUGAACGUGAGGCUGCAACCGAUUCAGAGUCAGACGAGCAACCCUCCGACUCAGACUCUGCCACCGAUGAUUCCGACACUGAACCCGCCUCUGACGAUGUCCCACACGAUUGUGCCCACCUUCCUACUCCCAGAAAUAGCAAAAGUCCCGAGUCUGUAGUGAAGGAAGAGGCCCGCCCCGGUGGGAUCCCGUCUUUUUUUGCGCCAAGCGGGGAUUGGGCAGAUAUGGUCACGGAUGACAAGUUCGACGGUCAAGCCGAUUUACCGGUCAUCGAGUUUACAGACUUUGGAAACCAACGGGCCCCUCUUCCUCGCAAACACAAGAAGACCCACAAAUCGAAUCACACCACGGAGCCUCGUGCCACUCCUGCUCAACAUGAAGAGGCAGCACACCCUUUGGACUCCUCCGAACCUCAACCUCGUGCACCUCCCUCUCAAUCUGCUCGCCAAGCUUACCAACACAAACUCGAGACAGAUCCGUCGUUCGUACCCACCAUUGGGAACUUUUGGGGCCAUGACGAUCGUUUAAUUGGCUCAGAAUUCCGCAGUUUGAGUGGCUGGUGGCGAGGUCGUGGUAGAGGGAGAGGUACAGGAUUUAUGCGCGGUCGAGGUGGAUUCCAGGGCGGCCAAGGUCGAUCUCCGUCUGGCGACAACGACCCAAGCAAUCCGGUGGAAGUUCCUCCAAUUGAACGAGCUUGGACGCAUGAUGGCUUCGAGGAGAUGAAGAAGAAGGAGGAGCAGCGUCGUGCAGAGCAGGCCGCUGCACGACAAGCUCAGCAAUCGCCCAAGCGAGGGGGACUUUCUGGCAGGGGUGGGUUUGUGGGUCGAGGUGGGUAUACGCGUGGUGGCUAUGCUUCCUCUGCCAGAGGCCGCAAUAACUCUUCAUUUUCUCAAAUUAACGGCGUUCGUUUUGCUAUGAAGCCGGAGCUAAUGUGGACAAAGCAGCACGAAGCCUUCCUUUACUUCGAUACAGCGCUUAAGCCCCGCCCUGGUCAAGGUCCUGGUUUCCGAGUUAAGAUUCCAGGACAUCAGCCUCAGGUAGUGCGGGGGCCUCUCCGAGUCGCAGCUCAAUCCUCGACUUCCGCGUCCACGGCUGCAUCGGGAUCAGGCACGGCAUCAGUUGGGGACAACUUCUUCGUUGUACGGCUACCCAAACGAUCUGGCAAGGAGAAAAAGGUUGCCGCUGUGGAGACGCAGGUUGAGGACACAGCCACCGAAAAGGCGCCCACAGUGCAGCAUGUUACAUCGAACGCCGCCUCGACAUCGGACUCCACGAAACCCAUCCGGACAACUAGCGAUGAGGGCACUUCAUCCCUGCCCCAGCAAGCCCUUCCAGAACAGACGAUACGGUCGCAACUAGAACAAUUGUCGUUAGAGCCUCAGAUGUCGGACCCGGAACGGCAGGCGAAGACGGAACUUGCUGUGCUACGGAAGCCUCCCUCAGAAGUUGUUGUCGAAGUCCGAGCGUCAGUAUCUCCUGUAGCAGAACGUCCCACCCUUGCUCCUCUCCAGACCACCUUUACGCCACCACCACCCCCACCCCUGCCACAGCCCAUCUCGCAACCUUCGCCCGCAUACGGAUCGCCCUACGGCUAUCCCCUGCCUUUGCCCCCUGGUAUCGCCAUGAAUGCUCAUGGUAUGCCCUAUGAGGUAGCCACUGGUCGUCCGGUCUACCUUCAAGCGCCUGCGAUGUACAAUCCUCGUCCCAUCAUUCCUUCUCACAUCGCUCCUGUGCCGUUCGUCCCGGGCCACAUGCACCACCAUUCAUCAGUCUCCGUAACUGCGGUCUCUCCUGAUUUCCUUGCCCAACCACCUUCUCACACUCCUCCUGUGAAUGGGUUCAUUGACCCUGCGACCGGCACUCCCAUUUUCUCAUUCCCUCGGCAAACGACCCGCGUUGAGAUCCGUGCUCCGGCCGACGAGUCAAGCAAGCCUGUGAAGGCUAUGUCGCGCACUCCGUCUGGCCUGCGAACAACCGCACCAACCUUUCAACCAACGUUUACACCAGCUCCUGUGGCCACUGCCCAGGAGAAUGGGUACUAUCCUUCCCCUCCUUCCGAUGCCGCUCUGCCGGCGUAUGACAACGUCAAUAGUCAUGGAGGCAUGGAAGAUGGCUCGCAGGCAGGUAUGAUGGGCCAUCACCACUAUCAGCAACCUUACUAUUACCCAGAGCCUUACGGCUAUGUGCCGUACAUGGACAUGUCCCAGGGCGGACAGUACGAGAUGUACGGAAUGGACCAGACGCCUCAGGGCACUGUUUAUUAUCGAUAG